AUGUCCGAGAUAGUGCCGCGGGGCAGGACAUUCGGCCUGGCUGACCGGGUGGCCCUGGGAGACCUAUCAGCCCUUGAGGACCUAUCAGCCCUUGAGGAGCUAUCAUCCCUUGAGGACCUAUCAGCCCUUGAGGACCUAUCAGCCCUUGAGGACCUAUCAGACCUUGAGGAGCUAUCAUCCCUUGAGCACCUAUCAGCCCUUGAGGACCCAUCAGACCUUGAGGAGCUAUCAUCUCUUGAGGACCUAUCAGCCCUUGAAGACCCAUCAGCCCUUGAGGACCUAUCAGCCCUUGAGGACCUAUCAGCCCUUGAGGACCUAUCAGCCCUUGAGGACCCAUCAGCCCUUGAGGACCCAUCAUCCCUUGAGGACCUAUCAUCCCUUGAGGACCCAUCAGCCCUUGAGGACCUAUCAUCCCUUGAGGACCUAUCAGCCCUUGAGGACCUAUCAGCCCUUGAGGACCUGUCUUUCCAGGAGGUCCAGGAGGCCCGACAGGCCCAUGGUUAA